GCAGCAGAGCAGAGAGGAGCAGCCGGCUGUGAUGGGGCGGCACACGGUGAGCGUGACGCUGCGCCGCGACGGCCCUCGCACGCCCUGGGGCAUCCGGCUCGUCGGAGGCGCCGACCUCAGCGCGCCGCUGCUCAUCACCAGGGCGCAGCCAGGGUCGCCUGCGGACGGGCGUCUGAAGCGCGGGGACACGAUCACCAAGAUAGCAGAGUACGAUGCGCGGGAUCUCCGCCACCAAGACGCGCAGUCGCUCUUCCAGAACGCCGGCAACUCCAUCUCCAUCGUCGUCCAGCGGGAGGGGCCGACGCUUCCGGGCGUGGGCGGCAGUGCCCUGACGCGCUCCAUGACGCAGCCGCUGCCUGUGUCUCCGCCGACGCCGACGCCGUCCGCAGCGCCGAGGCCCCCGGUGGCUGGCGGCGUCGCAACGCCAUUUGCGCAGUCGUCCACGCUGCCCAGGGGGCAGGUCGUCUUCCCGCCGCCGCUGCCCUCGGACGUCCAGCCCCAGGACGACGACAUCAACGCCAUCACGCACCAGCCAUACCGCACAACGCCAUUGGUAUUGCCUGGUGCUAAAGUGAAGAAGGACACUCCAGUUGCGACUCAGUCAUAUUUGCGUCACCAUCCCAACCCACACUUCAGGGCUCCACCUGCUCCAUCUGCAACGGAAGUGUUGAUGAAGCAGAAGGUGGCAGAUACUGUCAUUCAGAAAGUCGUCGGAGAAGAAGCAGGAGCAGGAAAACAGGUUGUGCACAAACAGUUCAACUCUCCAAUUGGCUUGUAUUCUGACCAGAACAUAGCUGAGACUAUUCAGAAACAAACUGGAGUAACACCGAAAUCCAUAGUAAGAGCUCCCACGCUGGAUCGGCGAAAUCAAGUACCUGUGAGCAUGAAGAAGACAGUCAAAUAUGACCCAUCACAGUCCGAGACAUUCAAGGCGCUGCAAGAAGAGGAACUGGGAGGACAUUUGCAAGAAGUGACAGUACCUGUGACGCCCAAGGUCUUCAACCCCACAAACAGGCCCAAUGCAGUUCCUGAAAAGCCAGCAUGGGUGAAGGUCAACUCUCUUGGCAAUUAUGAAGAAACAAUACAACAAAGUGGAAGCUUCAAGAGAUUGAUGUACCAGGUCUUGGGACAGUCAGACUUUUAACUGCAAUAUUGUAAGAUACAAAUUAAGUGAAAUCCACUCUGUGCACAUCAGUUUAACUCAAAACAUAAAUGACACUGUGCGACAACCACAGAGAUUUCACAUCAAUGAAAAUAUCCUUUUUAUAUAAAGCCAUUGUGUUCAAAUAUUUGAUAUGGCUAGAUUUAGACUUGCCUACAUAACCAAUCUGUGUUGUGGUCCUCAGCACUAAACUAUCCCGCCUGCACAUAUGUCAAUGAGUGUACAUUCUAGUCAGUAAAUGAGGGGGAAAAUGCUAUGCACAUAUGCUAGUAUUUCUCAAUAUGUGAGUAAUCAUAUCUGGCAUAUAACUGUUGGGAGAGAGGCCAGUCUGGCUUGGAUAUGAGGAAUGGAAACAGUAAAGAAGUGGAGCAAUGAGACACAUCUGAUCUUUUUCUGGAUGAAUGAUAUAUUUUUGUUUAUUGAGUGAGCUGAAACUAUAAUCAAUGUCUGUAUAAAAAUAUGAACUGUGAAAAUAGUUUUAACGCAGUGGAAUGUUUUGCUUAUAAAUCUGUACUGGACAGCUUUGUAUAUCCUGCCACAAAAUAGUUUCCGUUAAUAAAUUUCUGUUCUGUUUUAAUAA